AUGGGUAUAGAAGAUCUCUGGAGGUGCAUUGCCAGGCGAGAUAUUUGGACCUAUAUCACGAAACAUGUUUUCCAUCUUUUCUUUAUUUUUCAGAGGCUAAAAGCUGCUGUUCACCACACAACUCUACAGAUAUGUAAUGAACACGCAGAUGAGAAAAAUGUACAGCUUAACAAGAUGGUUGUGGCCGCCAUCUCCGAGACGACUUGGAAAAAAUGUGAACAAUUUGCUACAGAUCUAGAACUCUUUGCAAAGCAUGUAAAAAGAAGCACAAUCAAUGCAGAUGAUGUUAAAAUGUUGAUAAGGAAGACACCCAAAUUGCUGGACUAUAUCAAUGGUGUGCAAGAAGAACUGAAUGCUUCUAAACCAGAACCUAAGAAGAGAAGUAAGAAAGGUAAAGGGAAGGAGACGUCUGUUGGAGCUACCACCAGCGAUCAGACUGAAACGGUCAUUGUAGAGGAGGAGAGCUGAAAAAAACAGAUCAAGGAGUGAAAAUGUGGACUUAUAUUAAGAAACUGCUAGAACUGUUUUCACGCCUUUAAAUGACUUUGCAUGACUGAUAAGUUGAAAGUGAUAUGUGUGGAACUUAGGAAUUGGUUUUACAAAAGUUUUGUACAGUUAUAAAAAGUGUGUUUUGCUUGGACAGAUGCAUCAAAAUCAGUAUUAAGUAUUUGAACAUUGAAUGGAUAUAAAUGACUUGGAAACAAUUUCAAAAAGGGUCUAAGCCCCUUGAUCCUGCUUUAAGCAUGAAUCCCUCAUACCCAAACAGACCCCCAGGUAUUUUGACCCCCCAAGCUAAAUUUUUGAUAUCUCCAUUAACAAUGAUUAUUAUAAGUUAAAAAUGCCUGGGGACCACAUAUAAUUUGGUACUGGAUGAAAAUCAUAUAGCUGGAGUUGCUGAUUACUAAUAUGGAAAACAAAUAACCAAAAGUACAUUAUAUGAUAAACUUUUUAUACAUAAUGUAAUAAUUAUUACAAUUUGCAUAUGUCCUUUUUCAUAGGAACAAUAAUUCUACAUGAAAUGACCUAUGUUGGAAUUUUUCAAGGCCUAAAAAGCUUGUUUGUGAAAUGUAUGUUAUUUCAGGUAUUUAGUAGAUUCCUUUUCUGGACAUUAUUUCAUUUCAAAAAUACUACUUAUCUCCCCUUAAUCAUUUUUUUCAUGAUUGGUGCUUACCUGGGUCUUGGUAUAUAGAUAGAUGGCAAUUGAAGAACCAUAAUCCUUUCGUGUUUAUUAAGUUAUAAUCCUGAGCUGCAUGUUUUUAGUUAUC